CUCUCUGCUUUUAAAAGCCGCAGCGAGCUACGUGACUACAAACACUGGGGAUUGGUGUGAAUGCAGCCGCUUACACCAAUCCACUGCUUGCAAAUCUGCGAAACACGCACGCGUCGAAGGAGGCGGAAAUAAUUUUGUUGUCAUCGCCGAGGACGAUUGAGCACCGAUGGCUGAUGGUUUUUCGCUACUGAAACAAAGUGAUUUUGCCCGUCUCAGGCUGCGCUUCAAUGUGAAGUUCAUCGACGACAAGAAGCAACGCUGGUUUCGUCGAGAAGGCGGAGACGGAAGAGCCACCCGGACUUUGGCUCAGCCUGCUAGAGAUGUGUCCUUCGAUGUCCCAGCUGUGCCACAGCACCAAGUUUCCAACACAUCCGUGAAAAUCACAGCAUAUCUAGAUGGAUGACCCCGACUGACCCGAACUCUUACGGACGGACAUAGCUUGCGAUUUUUUUUUUUUUUUUAAGGAUAAUUGUAGUGUUGUCUGACACGUAGCAAAAUGUCCCUUUCGACGGUAUUGGCAAAGGCUUUGUUUGACAACACAGCAGAGAGCCCAGAGGAGCUUGCAUUUCGAAAGGGUGACAUUCUGAUGGUUCUGGAGCAGGAGCAGAGUGGCGGGCCGGGCUGGUGGCUCUGCUCCCUGCAUGGCAGACAGGGCAUCGCCCCUGCCAACCGCCUCCGCCUCCUUCAGACUGCCCCUCCCCCGGGCUCGGACUCUGUUUACGUUUCUCCCAGUGCCCCACUGGCCCGUACAGCUGUCAGCAGUAGUGCAGAAGACAUAGAUGGCGUGUACCGCUCCCCGUCUGGCACGGGUGAGGGGCUCUACCAGAGCCCAGGAGCAGCACCUGCCUCAAGGCCUGGGGAGCUCCGCAGAGUAGAGGGUGGACGUCCACGCUCCCACUCCAGCUCUGGCACUCGGCCCCGACCUGACUGGGAUGUGGGUGUGACAGGGCGUCCACGCUCCCCCUCUCUCAGGGGACGAGGCACAGAGAAGGGCACCCUCUACCAAUCUCCAGCGACACCCGCACCCUUAGUGGCCCAGCAUGCCAGGCAGCCAGGAGCUUUGUUGGCCUCAGAGUCUGUGUACCUCUCCCCUGUUGGAGUGCCAAGAGCAGCUGAGGACCUAGAGGAUGCCACUUAUCUAGUGCCCAGGGAAACGGUGGCAGCAGGACACACAGAAAACUGUUAUCUGGUGCCUAGGGGCACACCGCUGGCAGGAGAGGAUGUUUACCAAACCCCAACAGGAGGGGUUGUGGCUGCUCCUGGCUCUACCCCAGCCGCCGCUGUCUGUUCCAAUGGCCCUUCCAUGGUCAAUGGGACUCCCCUCACUCCCCAACCCAAAGUGGGUCAGGAGACCCCUGGCGUCUAUCAAACACCCACACCUGUGGGAGCCAGCCUUCACAGGACUCCAACUGCAGCUUCACCCUUGCUAGCCCACCAACAGCUAUCAUCCCCUGCCCAAAUGUCUCCCAGACCUCAGCUCAAAGGGGCUUCCCCUAACCCCGCUGUUGCCCGAGGCAAGCCUGGCCUGGCAUGCCACCGCGGGUCGCCGUUGCUGGUUAGAGCUGGGCAGGUCAGGCUUCCUGGGUCGCCAAACUUUACCCGCAAGCCGCCGCCACCAGCGCCUCCAGUGAGGAGUGUCACCAGGAAAGACGGACCACAAACAACUCCUGCAUUGGCUGGUUCUCAGUCUGUCCCCAGAGCUACUGCUCAGCCUAUUGCUGCAGGCCUGCAGCAGCAGCCUCAGGGCAAAGAGGAUGGACUGGAGGCAAGGAACAAUGUGCAGAAUCAGAAAGGAGGAAAUCAAGAUUAUGCAGAACCUGUUGAUGACCAGGUUUAUGACACUCCUCCAAGUGGCAGGUGGCAGCGUCCAGCCCCAUGUGCCCUUGGGGACGAUGAUGGCAUCUACAACACCCCCCGAGCUGUCCCCUCUGAGUCAGAGGUGUACGAUGUCCCCACCAUUACGGGGAACGUGUCCACAUCUGAUGUCCAGCAUGUUGGCACAGCACUUGUGGCCGACGAAGCUGAUGACGAUGUCUACAGCGUUCCGACACUCCCAGGCCUGCCUCUGGGCCCAGGAGAGUCCACAACCAGCCUGUCUGGGGAGAAUACGGCUCAGGUGGGACAGGUUUACUCCGUCCCUGGCCCCGAGAAACGAGCCAGUGGCGGAGAUAAUCCAGGCGAUACCUCAGAGCCUGACUGUGGCAUCUACGACAUGCCUGCUCUCACCAUUGAUGCCCUGCCUCAUUCCUCCUCGUCCUCCUCGACCUCCACCCGCCGCCUCUCUGUUUCCAGUAAUGGCUCUGGCGAUGUGCAGUGGAGAGCUUCGCUGUCGGGCCUUGUCCACUCGGUACUGAGCGCAGCCUCCUGCCCUGCCUCCACAUUGUUGUCACGGGACUUGGCCACAUCACUGGCUGAAAUCCUGUCCGUCUGGAAGGCAAGCCACACUGGAGAUCCCCCGCCGCCUCUUCAGCAGGCCUGGGCUCGCCUCUCAGACCUCCUGCCGGCUUUAUCAGCUAUCGGCAAUGCCCCUCCAUCUGAAGGCCUCCUGACGUUGGUCCAGCGGGCCCUUGAGGAAAGCUCCCUCCUCUUGCAGGCUCAGGGGCGUCCCCGUCUGCCUUCACAGGAAUCCCUGUCCCGCAGGCCGCUGCCGGCGCUCCCCGGGACUGAUGGGAAGACAUCAGGUAGUGGAAUGGGCUCACGUAAAGGCAGCUGGAUCCAGGAGAGGCCCUUGCCCCCCACCCCUCAGCCGACCUUCCCCUUACCCCCCUCCACGUCCUCUGUGACCCUCACUGUGGGCCCCAGUGAAGGAGAAGAAGACCCCAGCAAUGAGUAUGCAGGAAUUGGCCUGACUCCCACCCCUGCCCCACUACCUGCUGGAGACAGUGUUGGAUAUGUCAAGCUGCAGGGCAAACCCGAGCCACCUCCUGAUGCACCGGCUGAGAACGGACAAACACAAACCAUCACCACAGAGCCGAGGCUGACCCCGUCCCCUCCCCUGCCGGUGUCCCUCUCCCUGGAGGAUUCGGAGCUGCUGUCCUUCUACUCCUCGCAGAGCCUCGCCCACCUGUCCUGCCUGGCGGACUCCAUCGAUGUGCUCUUCAGCAGCGUGCAAGGCAACCAGCCGCCCCGCAUCUUCGUCGCCAGGGGCAAGAGUCUCAUUGUGACCGCCCACAAGCUGGUGUUUAUUGGGGACACGCUGUCCCGCCUCUUGACCUCUGCCGACAUCAGGGCUAAGGUCACAACAUCAGGGGGGCGGCUGUGCCAGGCCUUGAAAGCAGUCGUCGUGGCAACAAAGGGAGCCGCACAAAACUAUCCAUCAGUCUCGGCCACCCAGGAGAUGGUGGACCGCGUCGCCGAGCUCUCCCAGCAGGCAGCUGGCUUUUCCACUCUGCUCCAGCGGCUGGCCGAAAUAUCUCUAUGAUAUUUCCUUGAUAAAACUUUGUUUACACGAUAUGUGUAUAUUUCCCUCUUUCAAAUGCCUUAUUUGUUGUUAAAUUCUUUUUGUUAUCUUUCAACUGAAUGGGAUUUGAAGCAAGCAAAAGGAGAUCAUAGAUGGGUUAGCAGUGCUGCAGUUGUUGCCAAGCUGGAUUUUGACUGUGCUGGUCCUGUCCCUCUAAGUGUGUGUUGGUUUGCCUUUGUUUUUAUACUGACCACUGUGCUUUGGUGCUGAGCGCACUUGUCUUUUUGCGUGUUGAUAACUUAUUGAUAAUAUUUGAAGCCUCUUUGUGACUUGGAGUGUCCUCGUGGACCACUUAUCUAAUGGGAGCCUUGCUUUAUUGUGUUUGUCAUAUUUUUCUCCACACGAUAGCCAUUUUUCCUUCCUGUCUCUAUUUAUUUAACCAUCCCCCCUCUCCCAAAAAUAGCACAGAAGGAGGCCUCGCAUCCUGCUUUUGGCCUACUUAUUACUAUGAUUCCUGAAAGGAAUGCUUUCUGCGAUUAUCACUCUGAAAUUGUUGAUACAGCACAUUGAGUGUCCUUGGCUUUAUAUGGUAGAGUUGGAAUAUGAUGUGAGGUGGGAUGUAUGCCUGAUUUCCACUUAUUUUUAAUUGUUCAAGAAUAGUUUUGGUGUUUAUAUCCUACCCAUUAAUUUCCAUUGGCAAGUAGAAAUUACCUGCUGCACGUCUUCUAUUUCCAUAACCAUCCUAAUCAUGACUGCAUGAAACCUCUCACAAACCAUCUCUCAGUUUACAAACGUGUAGUCUUACACAUAUUAAGGAAGAACACAUGAAGGAGAACAAAGAGUCUGACAGAAGGGAGAUAAUCUGGGAGAACAGAUGCAGGGAUUUGGGGGAAUGAUGACAGUAGUGACGCGAGAAACGGGUUAACCGUGUUCCUUUCCCACGGGCUUACACUGGCACUGGAUAAGAAACCUGUUGGCCAAGUUUACCUGUCUCCACCUGUCUUGUUAGGGUUGGCACGUUAAACGUUUCUCCCUGUGUCUUUGCCUUUCUCCAUUUCCCAUAAAACAUUAAGAUUUUUUUGUCUGGCUCAGCCUUGCUAUCAAGACUUUAUUUUCCACUUCAUCUAAGUUAUGUUUCCAGUUCAGCUACCUAACUGUGAAAGCGGUGUACGGUCACAUGGUAGGAACUGUGGAAUGAAAAACAGCCCUCAUCUGAGUGUUGACAUUAUGGAGGCUUUUUUUUUUUAUAGUGUUUUGAAAGCAUUAACCACCACAACACAUGCCGCAUCAAAUGAAACAGUCAAAUUUAGUUGUAACACACUUGCUUUCUGUCUGUAACAUUGCUCUCUACCCACUUUUCCAUUUUCAUUCGUUUUAUUCUGUUUGUCUGUGCCAAAAACGGUGCUGUUCACAUUGAGUGAUGUUCAUUGUGCGCAUGUUGUGGAACAUUUUAAAAUGGGAGCUGAGCAGAUGUGAGCUUUUCUCAUGUUAGAGACAGGGGUUAUUUACAUGUCACAUGUUUAUGAAUCUGUUUGAACGCUGGCAGCAGUUUGUCCCUGCUGAACGUGGCCCCUCAGCUCCAUCUGCUCUGCUCCAGAGUGCCACCUAGUGGAAUCUUGCAGUAUUACUUAAUGAAUGCCUGCCAAAAACAGGUCUUAUAUACACUAGACAGCAUCAUCGACGAGUAGGCUAAUCAUUACAUAUUUAUUGUCAAAUUUGUAUUUCCUUAGCUUCUGAACUCGCAUGGCUUUAAUUUGCUCUAACUUUAUAUAUGCACACAUUUAACCAGGGACGAUUUCACUCAGUGAAUUAAAAUGAACAAUAAUGUGUCUGGGGAGGGGAAAUAAGUUACAGUUUAAUUAAGCUAUGGUGGUGCUUUCUUUUGUACAAGAAUGUUUUUUUUUUUUUUUUACACUAUGUGAACUCAUUUGAGUCAGUUAACCCUAUUUGCUGAAGUUUAAAAGUGAAGCCUUGACUCAUCUCUUCCAGUAGGCAAACAUCUCUCUGUAUCAUGGAAGAUGAACACUACAUUUGAUGUCUGGUCUGUCUUGUAUUCCCGUUCAAAAUGCACAAAUACAUGUUUUUUUCAACGAUAAAAAGUGUCGAUGAUUAA